AUGAAUCAACAGUACAAAGAGUACUGCAAGACCGAGCUCCAGAAACAUCCAAGAGAGGUAAAAGAUGAGGGACAGUAUUCUCCCAGUCGCUCUUCGGAAGUCACCGAUACUCUUUACAGUGAAACAUUCUGUAGCCAGCCCCGUGCAGAAUUCUGGCUUGAGGACAAUUCAAACCAUAUGACACCUGGUCGUUCUCAUGUUUGCACUGCAAUUGCAAAAAUUGGAAAUAUUACUGUCAUGCGGUGGGCACGACAAAAAGGAUUCCCAUGGAAUGAGCAGACAUGUCUUGAAGCUGCUAAAAAUGGCCAUUUGGAAAUGCUCCAAUGCUUAAGGGAGAAUGGUUGUCCAUGGAAUACAGGCACAUGUGCCUAUGCUGCUUCAAAUGGACAUUUGGAAAUUCUGAAAUGGGCUCGUGCAAAUGGUUGUCCAUGGGAUGAAUAUGCAUGUGUUUGUGCUGCUCAAAAUGGCCAUUUGGAACUUCUAAAUGGGCCUGAAAUGUGCCAUGGAUGGUGA